CAACAACAACAGAAAUCUUUCAAAUGUCCAACUCGCCGUACGAAAGUGGUAGCGAAUAAUCCUGCUCAUAAAGAGUUUCGUCGCAGUCCUCGUGGUCGUUUCAUGCACACAUUUGCAAUACGUUACGAGUUUUUUACAAUUUGCCAAUUGCAUUUGUUUGAACAAAGUCAUUUAAACCAUCUUAUUGCUUUCAGGUCUACCUCAUCUACUAUUCUUUUUUAACGCUAAGUUGCAUUUUUGCAAAACGACAACCGUCUAACGGAGGCGGGGCAAUGUCAUAUGUGCGGUACGAAGGAGGUAUAUUUGCGUGAACUAAAUCACUCCAACGACAAAAGAAAUGUUAAAAGAAAAAGUCAACCGGUUUUAAAAAUCUCCAAAACUUUAUAUUGUUCUUCUGGCGAUUUAAUAACUUAUAAAGAUAUUUCCUCUCAUUCAAAAGGACAGAGUGUAUUAACAAAACAGCUAGAUUUUUAUUGAAGAACAACCGCUUGCCGUACCUGAAGUAGCUCAAGUGGAGUCUGUCGUUUUUGAGGUACGAUGGUAAUAUAAUCACAUGAAUAAAUCACUCACAACAUCAAACGAAAUAUAUGAGCAUUACUCAAUUUUGAGAACAAAGUUUUUUUAAAGCUUCGCAAAAAUGAAGGUUAUCCAUUUUAAAAAUGAUUAACAAGCAAGAAGCAAAUAUUUUUGACAGGGUAGAAGAUGCUCUAGCAAAGACCACUAACAUGAACAUUACACUGGAAACGAUUACCUCUUAAAGUUCCCUAAAUAGACACGCACAAGUCUAGUGAAGAGAAAAUUGUAAAGAAAGUGAUCAUAUUAAGAUAAAUAGCUUACUUAAACAAAUUGAAAGCGUACUAACUCGUUACAAUGGCUAAAACGAUAAGGCAAGCUAAACAUUUUA